AUGACUGAAGCAAACCUUUCAGACUCACAAAAUGGAUCUCAACCGUUGGUAUCCAUGCAUUGGAAUCGAGAAGACGCCAGUAAAUACUUGCAUAUUCAUGAAGAUUUGUUAACAGUCACUUAUGUUGGUCCGGGCGCUAGAGAUUUUGAUUCCGCGUCGCUGAGAACAAAUCAUCCUAUACGAUCUGAGAUGGGUAUAGGUUAUUUUGAAAUUAAUAUAAUAGAUGACUCUAGAUGGAGGGGGGGAUUAGGAAUAAUAGGAAUUGGACUUGGUAAGAGACAGACACCUAUACGACAAAUUCCAGGAUGGUUCCAUAACAGAUAUGACACAAUCGGAUAUCAUGGUGAUGAUGGUCUGAAGUUUCGUAAAUCCGAUUUUGGCGAAUUCUAUGUCGGGGCAACUUAUGGUACGGGGGAUGUCAUAGGGUGUGGAAUAAACUACAUAGAUCGAAGCGUGUUCUUUACAAAAAAUGGAAUAAAUCUAGGUUAA